AUGAACAGCGAGCUGGACCUAGUCAAUGAGACGUCGGCUCCCGCGGGCGGGGGCUCCUCGGAGGAGCGGGACGCACCAUCUCAGCUCGAGAGGGGGAGGCGCUAUGGCACAGAAUACCAGGACUCCCCAGUGGACGAGGACGCCCCACAGGAAGACCCAAGCCAGUGGCGCCCGGGGUCUGGCCGCGGUUUCCGGGAAGGGCGGCGCUGGCGGCUCCUGCAGGCGGCGGCGCUGGUGCUGGCGGCCCUGGUCCUCCUGCCCAACGUGGGGCUCUGGGCUCUAUACCGCGAGCGGCAACCCGACAGCACCCCUGGGGGACCCGGGGCGGCGGUGGUCCCAGUGGCCGGACAGGGCUCACGCAGUCGGCAGAAGAAGCCUUUUUUCAUGGGAGAUGGGCAGAAGCUAAAGGACUGGCAUGACAAGGAGGCCAUCAGGAAGGAUGCACAGCGCGUGGGUAACGGAGAACAGGGGAGACCUUACCCCAUGACGGAUGCAGAGAGAGUGGACCAGGCCUACCGAGAGAAUGGCUUUAACAUCUACGUCAGCGAUAAAAUCUCCCUGAAUCGUUCUCUCCCUGACAUCCGGCACCCAAACUGCAACAGCAAACGCUACCUGGAGACCCUGCCCAACACCAGCAUCAUCAUCCCCUUCCACAACGAGGGCUGGUCCUCCCUCCUCCGCACGGUCCAUAGCGUGCUCAACCGCUCCCCCCCAGAGCUGGUGGCAGAGAUUGUGUUGGUGGACGACUUCAGCGAUCGAGAGCACCUGAAGAAGCCGCUUGAAGAUUACAUGGCACUGUUCCCCAGCGUGAGGAUUCUCCGAACCAAGAAGCGUGAGGGCCUGAUAAGAACUCGCAUGCUGGGAGCCUCGGCAGCCACUGGGGAUGUCGUCACGUUCCUGGACUCACACUGCGAGGCCAACGUCAACUGGCUGCCCCCCUUGCUUGACCGCAUCGCCCGGAACCGCAAGACUAUCGUGUGUCCGAUGAUCGAUGUGAUUGACCACGACGACUUCCGGUACGAGACACAGGCAGGGGACGCCAUGCGGGGUGCUUUUGACUGGGAGAUGUACUACAAGCGGAUCCCGAUCCCCCCGGAACUGCAGAAAGCUGACCCCAGUGACCCCUUUGAGUCCCCCGUGAUGGCUGGCGGGCUGUUCGCCGUGGACCGGAAGUGGUUCUGGGAGCUGGGUGGGUACGACCCUGGCUUGGAGAUCUGGGGCGGAGAGCAGUAUGAAAUCUCCUUCAAGGUAUGGAUGUGUGGGGGCCGCAUGGAGGACAUCCCCUGCUCCAGAGUGGGCCACAUCUACAGGAAGUACGUGCCCUACAAGGUCCCUGCUGGCGUCAGCCUGGCCCGGAACCUGAAACGUGUGGCAGAAGUGUGGAUGGACGAGUAUGCCGAGUACAUUUACCAGCGCCGGCCUGAAUACCGCCACCUCUCAGCUGGGGACGUGGUGGCCCAAAAGAAACUCCGCAGCUCUCUGAACUGCAAGAGUUUCAAGUGGUUCAUGACAAAGAUCGCCUGGGACCUGCCCAAGUUCUACCCUCCAGUGGAGCCCCCAGCUGCGGCCUGGGGUGAGAUCCGCAAUGUGGGCACUGGUUUGUGUGCAGACACAAAGCAUGGGGCUCUGGGCGCCAUACUGAGGCUGGAGAGCUGCGUCCGGGGCCGUGGGGAGGCCGCAUGGAACAACAUGCAGGUGUUCACCUUCACCUGGAGAGAGGACAUCCGGCCAGGAGACCCUCAGCACACCAAGAAGUUCUGCCUGGACGCCAUCUCCCACAACAGCCCUGUCACCCUGUACGACUGCCACAGCAUGAAGGGCAACCAGCUGUGGAAAUACCGCAAAGACAAGACCUUGUUCCACCCUGUGAGCGGCAGCUGUGUGGACUGCAGUGAAAGUGACCACAGGAUCUUCAUGAACACCUGCAACCCGGCCUCCCUCACGCAGCAGUGGCUGUUUGAACACACCAACUCCACCGUCUUGGAAAUGUUCAAUAGGAACUGAUACUCAAGUCCCUGCGGCAGGCCCAGUGGGCCCCGGCAGGCAGCACUCGCUGCAGCCCUCCUCUCCCCAGGAGGCCGGGGGCCUGUGGGCACAGGAGCGCCACAGUGCUGGCCAGGGGUGGAGGGCCAGGAGGCUGGAGCGGAGGCUGACCUGUGCCUGCAGCUCUGGGGGAGGGGCAGCACCCUGAGAAGGCAGAGCCUGCUCCAAUUCCCGCUGAGGGAAGGGCAAAGUAGAGAGGCCUUUCCGGCUUUGUCACGCUGGCCCCUUGAGCAGUAUGGGGGAAUCCCAGGGGAGCCCCAGGCCACCCAAAACUGAGUCCUGCAGAGCUGCCCAGUCCUGAGGUGGCUGUCCUCCAUGACAGUGCUUAGAGAUCAAGGCCAGAUCUGCCCUCCCGGGGCAGCUUUUAGCACCAGUAUAUCACCUUACCAGAGGGAAAAGUAGCCCUCCCUGCCUCAUGGGGGUGACUGUCACUGUUGCCCACCUUUAGUCCUCUGUUGGGUCCCAGGGACUGCGAUCUGAGAUCACACCUGGAACCCUCAGAGUGCAAACCCGAGUGCCAGCCAAGUGCCAGGUGUGGGCCAGGAGGGGGCCCCAACCUCUGCAGCCACGGACACACAGGAUGUGCCCUCUGGCUCUCCGGGUACGUGAAAUGCCCGCUGCAGUGCCCCCCAGACACAAGGACCGCCCGGCCGCCACGUUCUGGGGCUCAUUUGGUGGCCUUGGGCCCCUGAGCAGGCCAAGGAGCCCACCAAGCAGACGUGCUGUCUGAACCCCCAUCCAUGCUUCCAUUUCUCUCCAGGCACCUCCCUGCCUCCAGAGAGGAGCAGGGGUGCUGUGAGGUGCUCCCCUCCCAAGGCUGGGGGCCUCCACGAUGGACUGUGGACAACACAGAGCCUCUGGCUUCAUCGUGGCUUUAGUUCUCAUAGAACUCUAGCACUUCUCAAGAACUCUGUGAUUCCGUCACAAGCUAGAAUGUUCCAUGGAACUCUAGUGUGGUGUGUACUUCUAGGGUGCUGAGAUCCAAGUAGCAGCCAGGUGUCCUGCAGCCAAGGCAGCUCCAGGCCUAGAGCUCUAAAUCCCAAGGAGAGAGGGCUCGAAAGAGAGCAGUGGGACUUAGCCGAUCCCUUGGCCCCCGAGGCUUUGGUAGUACCCAUUCUCAGCAAAGGCCAGGAGCCCUGGAGCCUCAUCUGAGUGGAGGAAGGAGUCCGAUGUCCCGGGACAGAUGUGCACCCAGCUCCAUGCCAGCCUUUCAUGUUUCCUUCUCACUGUUAAAUUACAUGUCAGAUUUCCCAAGGGCUCCCCAAUGCAUCGCGUUUCUGUAGCAGCCCACCACCCACCUAUUCAGAAGUGAAAAUCGCAUUUCACAACCAUAGGUUCCACCAGCUGGCCCGGAAAGUACUUGAAAUCAGUAUUCCAAUGAGAUUUGGGUCAUUUGGUUGUGCCAUUAACCAUUAAGCGACUGAGACAUAAAUCUGCAAUCCGAGCCACGAAUCUGCCUCAGAGAUGCUGGCUGAUCUCAAAGCCAAACAUUGUUGGGGAGGAGGGGAGGGAUGGGGGAGUCGCCAUCCCCAGCCACCCCCACCCAGAUUGGAUGUGUAGCCGGCAGAGGACCACUUCCACUGCGGCCCCUGUGCUCGUCCGGUCUGCUUGUUGAGCCUUUCUGUCCCUUCCCAAAUGAGCGCCCUGCCUCCAGAAGUGGCCCCCUACAGAAGGGACUCAAAGACCAGGCUCCUCCUAGAAUCCAGAGUGAGGAUAAGCACAGCACUGCAAUUUGGGGACCUGAAUCAUCAGAGAGCAUUGCAGCAGCAUUCGAGUGAAAACUGUGCCUUUAAACAAAAAAA